AUGAAACUGAAUCGACAACGAGGAAGAAGAACGAAACUGCAAGCUAAAGGCACAGAAUAUUGGAAUGUUGAUAUUACGAAAGCCAAUCGUGGGGUUUCGGUGCCUUCUGUCCUCGCAAUAUUUCUGGCAUUGUUGAUUGGAUUUUAUUUGGGUAUGACCAUCAACGUGUACCUUGGAGCUUUUACACAGGAUAUGCAGGGUCCCGCAGCAGGAGCGGCAGCAGCAGCAUCAAAAUACAAGUUAUUUACUUGUCCAAUGGAGGACGAGGUUCAUGUUCUGUACACAAUCAGUGGACAGAACAAAAACUUUUUGGACGAAUUUUCUGGAUCCCUCAAGUCGUCUUUAUUGAAUGGUCCUUUGGAUUGUGGCAUGACCAUUCAUAUCAUGACGGACGCGACUGCCUACAAGGCGAUCCAUCCACGAUUUGAAUCCAUUCAACUCAGUGAAUGGGUUGCUAGAAAUCAAAUUGCCAUCAAGAGCUAUAAUGUGGAAAAUCGAAAGUCACGUUGGCAGAGUAUCUUUGAAGAGGCAACAAACUAUCAAUUGAGCAAACGACACACUAUCGGAGCCAUGUUUCGCCUAUUUGCUUUUGAAGUUUUACCACCGACCGUGAAGUAUGUGGUUUAUAUGGAUACGGAUACAGCGGUAUUGUCCAAUUUGGGAGACCUCUGGCGACAUCGGAAUGCUACCAGCAUUUUGCAAUGGGGAGAUGCCAAAUGCUCUGGGUUUGGAUUGGACCAAAUGAGAACGCGAGACUUUUGGAAACUAGUCAAGGGGGCACAUUCAAUAGGAGCUACUACAAAAGAUGAAAUUGAUGAUCAGUACAUUCUACGAAAGCUCUCCAAUGCUCAUCCCGACCUAUUUCCAUACUUGCCCGAACAGUGGAACUUACACCGAGCCGAUAACUUCUGGCACUGGAAAGGUGAUGGAACGCGACUUGUCAAGAAUGUACCCAAAGCUGCCAUGGUCCAUAUGAACGGCUUUACGGAAGGCGAAGGAAACGAACACAACAAGUUCGACAAUGCUUCCAUCGAAUACGGAAAUGUCUUUUGGGCCAUGAGGUAUUACGGAGGCCAUCCAUGGGAAUGGACCAGGUAUAUGCUAGAAUCUCAAAUCCGCAACAGAAGGAAUGGGUUUCAGAUCACUGUUGAAUACCAUAUAAUAGAAUAG